ACUGACGUGCAGUUAAUUACAAAUGUUUAGGGGUUUCAGCUAUUUGUUAUUAUUGUUGUUGUUGUUGUUGUUGUUCUUAUUGUUAUUGGUAUUCCUAUAGCAUUCUAUAUGCAUAUAUGGUGGAAAUUUUAUUUAUUUAUUUAAUAGAAUUAGUUAAAUAAGAAUUAACAUUCUUUAGACAAGCAAGACAUGGCCAAUAAUGUCUAAAGAAUAACAAAUGAAAUGUUAAUCCUAACAUACCCCUAAUUAAAUAGGGAUAAUAAGCUUUGAAACGAGAGAGACAAAGCUAAGCUUAGCUUAACAUGAACACACGAACUUGAAUGAUAAUGCAGAUACACAUACACAUAUGCACGCGUAGUCUGUCUGUCUGUCUAUGAAUAAAUUUCAAUUAAGACUUUCUGUCCUCUAUUAGUUGUAAUCACGAUUUCUUAUCAAAAAGACUUAAAGAGUGAAAAUAUGAAAAAAUUAUUGAUAAUUUUUUUAAUAAACAUAACGGCGUUUUCUCUUUCCAAUCAAAGUAAAAUCUCUGAUGAUUUUUUUCAAAUGUCUGAACGUUGCAUGCGCCUCGAAAAAGUACCUGAACGAUAUAAAGCUCAAUUCACGGAAUUUCAAUUCCCUAACGAUGCUAUAGUACAUAAGUACAUACUUUGUGUUAAUAGAGAAUUGCAAAUUUGGGAUAAUAAUCAGGGUUUCGAUAUUGAGAAAAUCUACCAACAAUAUAGAGGACGAGCUAAUGAAGAGGUGGUACUACCGAUCAUAUCGCGAUGCAAUCAAGACGCCAAACAAAGAAAUUAUGAAUUAUGGUGUUACAAGGCAUUCCUAUGCAUACUCGAUACACAAGUAGGCGAAUGGUUUAAAGAAGAUGUCCGGCGUCAACAGACUCGUACGCUAACAAACGGACAUCAGUAGAAGAAGCCUUUAUUUAUGCAUAGGGUUUUAU